AUGCCGACCGCCACCACCACCACCACCAAAACGAACACAAAAGCCGCCCUCACGCACCUCAGCCCCCUCCUCCAGGAUAGACUAAUAACCCCCGCCCUCACCCCCCACUACCACACCGCAGUAACCACCCCCUGGUCCCAAACCUGCUGGACCCACGCCGCGGGCUACAUCUACCCAAGAACCGUCGCAGAGCUCGCCCAAGCCCUGGCGAUCCUCACACAAACCGACACGAAAUUCGCCCUCCGCGCGACGGGCCACAACCCCAACGCCGGGUUCAGCAGCGCCGAUGAGUCGGCGCUCGUCCUGGAUAUCAGCCGAUUCCGGGAGAUGGAGGUCACAGCGGAUGGGGUCGCGCGGGUCGGGGCAGGCUGCACCUGGGGCGAGGUGUAUGGGUGGCUGGAGGCGCGAGGGCUGGAGGCUGUGGGGGCGAGGCAGGUGCAGGUUGGGGUGGCGGGAUUUGUUCUUGGAGGAGGGAUGGGCGCGUUGCCGAAUUUGUAUGGGACGGGGGCCGAUGGGGUCCGGAAUUACGAGGUUCUGUUGGCGGAUGGCAGAGUCGUCGAUGCUAACGCCCACGAAAACCCCGACCUCUACCGGGCCCUCAAAGGCGGAGGCACCAAGUUCGGCAUCGUGACGCGGUUCGACCUCGAGACGCAUCCUCUAAACCCCUAUGACUAUACGGAAAUCAAUAGAGCUACAGCAGCCGCGCAGAUGGCUAUGGAGGACGACCCCAAGAUAGGACUGUUCACGAACUUCAACGACGGCGUCGUCGCCGUCGGCAUGUUCUACGCCGAUCACAUAGCUGCAUCAUCACCGUCCGUGUCUGCCUUUGCGCCCUUCCACGACCUCAACCCCCGGAAGACAGGGACGGCGCUGCCCACCACAACUGGCACGCUCCUCUCGCUCGCGGAAGUCAUGGGCCAUGCCCAGGAUCUCCCGGGGAAACGAGCGAUAAGCUCCGUGACCACGCGGGUCUCGCACGAUCUUUACGACCGGGUCUAUCAGUGCUGGGCCCAGUUGCGCGCGACGCUUCCCGUAGGCUGCGUGCUGCACUAUACGAUCCAGCCCAUGGGCACAGCGGGCGUGCAGGCGGGGAGGAACCGGGGCGGGAAUAUCAUGGGGCUGGAGGAGGUGCCGCAGUGCUGGUGGGUUUUCACGUGUGAGUGGUCGCAGGAUGCUGGGGUAGAUGUUGAUGCUGCUGCCCACCGGGCGGUGCGGACGAUGUCGGAGAUGGUGGAGGCUCUGGCUCGGAAAAGUGGCGUGUUUCUGGAUUUCAAGUGUAUGAACUUUGCGGGGGCGGGGCAGAAGGUGCUGGCGAGUUAUGGGGCGGAGAAUGUGAGGCAGAUGCGGGCGGUGGCGGACGAGUAUGAUCCUGAGGGCGUUUGGCAGGAUUUGCAGUUUGGGGGGGUUCCUUUUGCGUGAUAGUGCAUGACCUCUCGCUCUAUAUCGGCUGUUGUCCUUUUCUUGUAUGUCAAGUUCUAUGUGGAAUCUGUAUGGACUGACAUUCCCGAAAUCCCGGAGCAUCUUGCAGUGUAUGGGCGCAAAGAGUAUGGCAUCCGUGCGGUGUAUUGAUGUAUAGCUUUGAGACCUGAGCUCACGACCGACCCUCAUGUUUCGACCGACCAAAGCUGCAAACAACAUACCAUCUUUCUCAUACUUCUUUCGAGGAUUCUAAAGCCCAGGCAUAAUAGCCCGAAGAGGAAAACCGGUCAUGACGCAGGGGAGAUCAUGCCUGGGGAUCGGCCUCGAACGCCUGUUGGAGUUAUCUGUCGUACUGCUUUCUGUCAAAGAGCUUUUCAGCUGCAAUGCGUCCUAUAUCCC